AGAGAGGGCAAAAAAAAGUGAGAUAGUGGAAGGGAAAGAAGAAGGUGAAAUAUAAAAGAGGACCAAAAUAUAGGUUUUGGGAUGAGAGGGUGUGUGCGUGAGUUGGGAGCAAACAGGAAUGACGACGCUUGUCCGGAACGGCACGAUGACGUUUAGCCGCCGGUAUAGAUACGAGCCUCUGGGCCUCAAGUCCGUCAGCUACAGACGCAGGAGAGCCAAGCAAAGGCAAAUCUUUCUCACCACCUACAGGUUAAGUUCCUUCUCCCAAGAUUUCCCUGCAGAUUCCAAACUCACUUCUUCUUCAUCAUCUUCGCCUCCUAAGCUCAAGAAGGUCGCUGUUAAGGUUAAGAAAAUGGUAACCUCUGUUCUUGUGUUCAUGCGAACUGGUUCUUUCAGAUCCUGCAAUUCUAAGUCCGCCAUCUCUGCCACCUCCCCAGCUUCCUCCAACACCAAAACUUUCUGGCCCUGAUUGCUUUUAUCAGACGCAGCGCGGCAGUUCAUGUACUGCGAUUGAUGCUGCAGGCUCGCAGUUUUCUUGAGUUUUUAGUUAUGGAGUUAAAUUAGUUGUCUUCAGAAUCACCCUCUUGCUUGAUAGUUCAUCUUCUCUGGGAAAUCACUUCAUUUCUGUGGCUUUAUGACCGUAAUAAGCAAGCAGUUAAUUAGUAGUUUAGAGGGUGGUUUCGAAUUUCAAUUAUGUGUAUAUAUUUAUAGUGAUAAUGCUUAUAUUAAAUACUAAUCCGAUGUUACCUUCAAA